GUAGAAUCUUUGAAUUUUCAGCUUGUGAUACGACAUAUAUAAUACGAUAUAUAUGAUAAAAAGAGAAGGAAAGAGGGGAAAUACAGAUACAAUAGAUAAUACGCGUGUAUCGCUUGAUCUCACCUUAAACCUUAAACGAGUUGCUCCUAUCCUAUCCUACAUAAGGGUCACGAGACUCGAUUCAUAUUCGUGGAGGGAAGCGUAAAUCUGCGUAAAGGCCGUAAAGCUGACAUAUCCGAUGAGAACGCCCCCUGUACUUCUUGGUAUUUUUCUCGGAUGCAAGAAACAAUUCGCAUAACCUAGUCUGUCAGUAGGUCCUGUUCUAAAUUAACAAUAACAUAAAAGAAAGUUUAGGAGCGGAUAAUUGUGGAGGAUGAUGGCCACGACGGCGUGAGAAGCGUCUCACGGGAAUCGCUCGUUUAGACGAAACCAUCACUAUCAAACUAGUCCGCAAGUACUCGCAAGGUGAUAUCACGAUUUGAUUAACCUGUAGAAGGGACUCUUGACGAUGGCAUCCGAGGACGUGAACCCUCCUACGGUGCUACCUUCUUCGAACGAGACCGGACAGCCCGUUGCGAGCACUUUGCAGCAGGAAAACAACACAAAGGAUGCAAACUCGAUGAAACCACAGAAUCAGGGCCGACCAAAUAAUCUACAGAGGAUACAGCAACGUAAGCAGCAGAUGUACAAUUGGCCACAAAUGAAGAAGCUGUUGAAACUGGCGACUUACAGCGCCUGCCAAGUGGAAGAGUGCAAAUGUAACGGCUGGAAAAAUGCUCAGCCGUUUAUGAAAUCACAAAAGGGCGAGGUACAGCAGCCCGUUAUUAACUUCUUCGAUCCGUGCAAGAUGUGUACUCAUGCUUUGGAAAACCACGUGACUCAUCUGCCGAUCCAGUCGGACGAAGAGAUCAACAGAUUAUUGGGAAUGGCUCUCGACGCGGACAACAUUUUCAUGAGUAUACACAGGGAGGAAGAUUCUGAUACUAAGAAGGUAUAUUUUUAUCUGUACAAACUGUUGAGGAAGUGCAUCAUGUCUAUGACAAAGCCCACGAUAGAGGGCCCACUGGGACAGCCACCGUUUGAGAAACCUAGUAUAGCGAAAGCGGUAAUGAAUUUCGUUUUGUAUAAAUUCAGUCACUUGUCGCCGCGAGAGUGGCAAGUGAUGUGUGACAUGGCAAAAAUGUUUCUGCACUGCCUGAACCAUUGGAAUUUCGAAGCACCCAGUGCCAGACGUACGACCAUUAGUUCAGACGAAGCGCCCGCUUACAAGAUUAAUUAUACUCGCUGGUUAGUGUUUUGCCAUGUGCCUGCAUUUUGCGACUCGUUGCCGCAUCACGACACUCCACUGGUUUUUGGCAAGACCCUGUUGCAAGCUGUGUUCCGGCCGGUUCGUAGACAAUUAAUGGACAAGUGUCACAACGAGAGAGACAAGAUAGCACCAGAGAAGAGAGUCUUGGUCUUGACGCAUUUUCCCAAGUUCCUUUCGUUGUUGGAAGCAGAAAUCUAUUCGGAUAAUUCACCUAUUUGGGAUCCUGAAUUUAAACAGCCGCCUCCUUCUCACCUGCAAGCCACGAUAGAGUCAAAGGGACACCAAGCGAGAAAGAUGGGAGAAUUCGAGAAGGUCACUGUCACGCCAAACGAGAAAGAUAACUUUAUGACGAUAAACAUUAGUCCGGGGCUGAAAAAAAUGCAGGAGAAACGUCCCAAUUCCGAUGGACGCCUCGACGCAAAGAGGCGAAAGAACGAAGAGACCUUCGAGGAUCUGCCAGAUGAGACUGUCGCUGAAAUAGUCGCAUCUAUCAACGACACUAGUUACAUGUCCCGCUCGGACGCGGUAUUUCCACCGAACGUUCCACGGGACGAAACCGCUAAAAUGGAAGAAAGCCAAAAGAUAAUAGAGUUUCACGUAGUUAAGAACAGUCUGACGCGUCCGGUGUCUAAGCAAACGAUGCUUUGGCUAAUAGGACUGCAGGAUAUAUUCAGCCAUCAGUUACCUAAAACGCCGAAAGAAUAUAUAACUCAGCUCCUUUUCGAUCCAAAGCACAAGACGCUAGCCUUGAUAAAGGAUGGUCGACCGAUUGGCGGUAUCUGUUUCUGUAUGUUUCCAAGCCAAGGCUUCACCGAGAUAGUGUUCUGCGCUGUGACGAGUCACGAGCAAGUGAAAGGCUACGGCACGCACUUGAUGAAUAUGCUGAAAGAUUAUCAUAUCAAAAAUAAUAUACUGCAUUUCCUCACGUUCGCGGACGACUUUGCCAUCGGAUACUUUAAGAAACAAGGAUUCAGCAAGGAUAUAAAGCUACCAAAAUCGGUGCACGAAGGAUACAUCAAGUAUUACGUCGCGGCGACGUUGAUGCAUUGCGAGCUAAAUCCGAAAAUUGUAUAUACCGAAUUUACCACGGUCAUCAGAAAGCAGAAGGAAAUUGUUAAGAAGUUGAUUCAUCAGAGGCAGCAGGAAAUACAAAAGACGCAUCCGGGUUUAACGUGUUUCAAGGAGGGUGUUAGGGGAAUCCCCAUUGAAUCUAUUCCCGGAAUUCAUGAGACUGGGUGGAAAAGUUCCUCUCAAACGAGAACUAGAGGUGUAACGAAAGGAACGCAAGGCUCAGAAUCGAUGGACGCGAGUCUCGAUAUGUCAGAUUCUCUGCACAAUACGUUGAACAGUGUCCUGAACAGCGUGAGGAAACACAGCACAGCUUGGCCCUUCUUGAAACCUGUCGAUAAGAACGACGUUCCAGAUUAUUACGAUCAUAUAAAGUAUCCUAUGGAUCUCAAGACCAUGCAAGAUCGUUUGAACGCCGGAUAUUAUGUGAUUAAGAAAUUAUUUAUAGCGGACAUGUUACGGAUUUUCACCAAUUGUAGAUUGUAUAAUAGUCCUGAUACCGAGUAUUACCGAUGUGCCAAUGCCUUGGAAAAGUACUUUCAAACACGUAUGAAAGAAGUUAGUCUUUGGGAUAAGUAAUUUUAAGACUGUUGUGAUAACGAUAGUGUUGGCAAUUAAUGCUUCCUAAUUUAUUUCUUCUUUAAAGUUUACACACACACACACACACAUACACACAUCACUUGAAGCUACUUUAAGAAGAAAGUCCAUAUCUCGAAAUUACGCUGCUUUCUGCGCAGUGUUUGUAUAUAACAGAUAUAUAUAUAUUAUACUUGUACGCCAAAGUACACGUCAGAAUAUUUCAAUAUAUAAUCACAAUAAUUUGAGAAAACAAACAAGUUUUAUAUUAUAUAACAAGAAAUUGUUAGCAUUCUCUCUUUUUCGUUCUUUACAGAUUGCAUAAUCUUGAAGCAAAUAUCACGUGUGAGGUGUAUAGGAGAGAAUCUGUUGUAAAUAAUUUUCUAAAGUUAUCGUGGUCCACUAUUAUUAUACGUUUUAUCAUGUAGUAAUCGUAUCGUUUUCUUUUUAUUGAUUCCUUCACACUAUUCCCAUAUGUACCUUUCGUCAGAUGGAUGUGUCGAUGCAUAUGCGUGCGUGCAUGCGUGCACAUAAAAAAAACAUACAUAUACGCACAUACACAUAGGGAGAACCAUGCAGAGGAUAUCGCUUGUGUCUAAUCUCAAUCAUGUAUUUUACAUAAUACUGAUCGUGUAAUUACAAUUGUUUGUUAUGUAAUUAUACAAAUAUGACUUUUUCCAUUACAUUGUACCAUUCCUGCACCGCUCGUGUAAACGUUGUACCGUUGAAAAUAUCAAGAAUGAUUUAUGCA